GUUUGCCCGGAGCUCAAGAAACGAUUCUACAACUUUUUUUCUCGUCUUCGUUUCACUUAGAACAACUUCUUCCUCUUCUUCUCUCUCGGAACCCUUUGGCUCGAUUUGAUUACUUCUCUUCAGUAAGGGUUUAAAAAAAAAGAUGAAGCUUGAUACAAGUGGGUUCGAGACCUCCAUGCCUACGAUUGGAUUCGGAUCGAGCGAUGAUACGCUUGAUGGGUUUUCUACUGUGCCCUCCUUUGAUCUUCCCCGCACUACUGAUUUCGAUGGGUUUCAGAAAGAGGCUGUACAGAUGGUGAAGCCAGCGAAAGGAACAACCACACUCGCUUUUAUCUUCAAGGAAGGUGUCAUGGUCGCUGCUGAUUCUCGUGCUAGCAUGGGUGGAUAUAUCUCGUCACAAUCUGUGAAGAAGAUUAUUGAGAUCAAUCCUUAUAUGCUUGGGACGAUGGCUGGAGGAGCUGCUGACUGUCAAUUUUGGCACAGAAACCUUGGAAUUAAGUGCCGUCUACAUGAACUGGCAAACAAGAGGAGAAUCUCUGUUUCCGGAGCUUCAAAGCUUCUCGCAAACAUGCUCUACUCAUACCGUGGAAUGGGACUUUCAGUCGGCACGAUGAUUGCUGGAUGGGAUGAAACUGGUCCUGGACUAUACUAUGUGGACAACGAAGGAGGAAGACUCAAGGGAGACAGGUUUUCAGUCGGUUCUGGUUCACCAUACGCUUAUGGUGUACUUGACAGCGGGUACAAAUUCGAUAUGUCAGUUGAAGAAGCAUCUGAGUUAGCAAGGAGAUCAAUCUACCAUGCCACAUUCCGUGAUGGAGCCAGUGGUGGAGUUGCUAGCGUGUACCACGUGGGACCAAAUGGGUGGACGAAACUGUCAGGAGAUGAUGUUGGGGAGCUGCAUUAUCACUACUACCCCGUGCCGCCAGCCACUGCGGAACAGGUCAUGGAGGAAGCAGCCGCCGAGUAAUGAGCCCCCUUUUAGUUCACAAGUCAUUCACUCUCUAGCUUGAUAAACUUUGGUUUUUAACUAUAAGAUUCUCCUUUUUAUCUGCAAAUGCAUACUCUUUGUUUGUUGAGAUGAAGCAGCUCUGUUUCAACCAUAUGAAAUUAGGGGAACCUGUGAUUGGUUUGCACAAUUUGAUUAGUCAAGCUUUUA